AUGUCCAUCCCCGCCUUCUCCGACAUUGCCAAGCCGGCCAACGACCUCCUCAACAAGGACUUCUACCACCUGUCCGCCACCACCUUCGAGUUCAAGGACACUGCUCCCAAUGGCGUCGCCUUCAAGGUGACCGGCAAGUCCAGCCACGAGAAGGUCACCUCUGCUGCUAUUGAGGGAAAAUACACCGACAAGCCUACUGGCCUGACCCUGACCCAGACCUGGAACACCGCCAACGCCCUCGACACCAAGAUCGAGGUCAGCGACUCCCUGGCCAAGGGCCUGAAGCUCGAGGGUCUCUUCAACUUCCUGCCCGCCACCGCCGCCAAGGGCGCCAAGUUCAACCUGUUCUUCAAGCAGCCCGGCUUCCACGGCCGCGCCUUCUUCGACCUGCUCAAGGGCCCUACCGCCAACGUCGAUGCCGUCGUCGGCAACGAGGGCUUCCUGGCCGGUGCCAGCGCCGGCUAUGAUGUCAACAAGGCCGCCCUGACCGGCUACAGCGCCGCCGUCGGCUACGUCGCUCCCCAGUACAGCGCCGCCAUCACCGCCACCGAUAACCUGAGCACCUUCGCCGCUUCCUACUACCACAAGGUCAACAGCCAGGUCGAGGCCGGUGCCAAGGCCACCUGGAACUCCAAGACCAGCAACACUGUCGGUCUUGAGGUCGCCAGCAAGUACCGCAUUGACCCCGUCUCCUUCGCCAAGGUCAAGAUCAACGACCGCGGUAUUGCUGCCCUUGCCUACAACGUCCUCCUCCGCGAGGGUGUCACCCUGGGUCUUGGUGGCUCUUUCGACACCCAGAAGCUCGACCAGGCUACCCACAAGCUCGGUGCUAGCUUCACCUUUGAGGGUUAA